GCGCUUGCGCAGAAGCGAGGCGCGCCAGGGCGGCUGGAGCGGUUCCCUCUCCGACGGCGCCAUUUUGUGCUGGGAGCCGAGAUAAAACCGGCCCGGUUCUGUGUGAAGUGGGUGGCAGAGCCAGGGUCCCUGGAAUGGCGGAGGCUCUCUCAGGCUUAGGCGAUUCGGGUGCGGUGGGCGCAGCAGCUCUGAGCUCUGCCUCGUCCGAGACCGGGACGCGGCGCCUCAGCGACCUGCGGGUAAUCGAUCUGCGGGCGGAGCUGAGGAAACGAAAUCUGGACUCGAGCGGCAAUAAGAGCGUUUUGAUGGAGCGGCUCAAAAAGGCAAUUGAAGAUGAAGGGGGUAAUCCUGAUGAAAUUGAAAUUACCUCUGAAGGAAACAAGAAGACAUCAAAGAGAUCCAGCAAAGGACGUAAACCAGAAGAAGAGGGCGUGGAAGACAAUGGGCUAGAGGAAAACUCUGGGGAUGGACAGGAGGAUGUUGAGACCAGUUUGGAGAACUUGCAGGACAUCGACAUGAUGGAUAUCAGUGUUUUGGAUGAAGCAGAAAUUGAUAAUGGAAGUGUGGCAGAUUGUGUAGAAGACGAUGAUGCAGAUAACCUCCCAGAGUCCCUGUCUGAUAGUAGAGAGCUGGUUGAGGGCGAAAUGAAAGACCUUCCUGAGCAGCUGCAAGAACAUGCUAUAGAGGACAAAGAAACUCUAAACAAUUUAGAUACUUCAUCAUCUGACUUCACCAUAUUGCAGGAAAUUGAAGAGCCAUCCUUGGAGCCAGAUGAAGUCCCUCCGGCUCCUAAAGAGUCCUCAGCCAGUGAGGGCGCUGAUCAGAAAAUGAGUUCUGUCGAAGAUGACUCGGAUACAAAAAGGCUUUCCAAAGAGGAAAAGGGUCGUAGCAGUUGUGGUAGAAAUUUCUGGGUUAGUGGACUCUCUUCUACCACCAGAGCUACAGAUUUGAAGAAUCUUUUCAGCAAAUAUGGGAAGGUGGUGGGCGCUAAGGUUGUGACAAAUGCCCGGAGUCCCGGAGCUCGCUGCUAUGGCUUUGUUACAAUGUCCACAGCAGAAGAGGCCACAAAAUGCAUUAACCACCUGCACAAAACAGAGCUCCAUGGGAAGAUGAUCUCUGUGGAAAAAGCGAAAAAUGAACCUACUGGGAAGAAAACUGAGAAGAGAGAGGGUGAGGGGAAGAAGGAGAAGUCCAGCACCAGCGACAGAUCUGCGAACCUUAAGAGGGAAGAUAAAGCUGAUAGGAAAGAGGACAUUAAGAAGGGCGAAGACGGAAGUGGAGAAAAGAGUAAAGAUCAAGACGAUCAGAAACCUGGCCCAUCAGAGCGGUCUCGAACCACAAAAUCAGGAAGUCGAGGAACGGAGCGGACCGUGGUGAUGGACAAGUCUAAAGGGGUGCCUGUUAUUAGUGUCAAGACCUCAGGAUCCAAAGAGAGAGUGUCUAAGAGCCAGGACCGCAAAUCAGCCAGCAGAGAGAAGCGGCCCGUUGUGUCCUUUGAUAGAGUCAGAGAGCCCCGGAAGUCAAGAGACUCCGAGUCCCGGAGGGUGCGUGAGCGCAGCGAGUGGGAGCAGCGCAUGCAGGCGCAGUGGGAGCGCGAGGAGCGCGAGCGGCUGGAGAUCGCCCGCGAGCGGCUGGCCUUCCACCGGCACCGGCUGGAGCGCGAGCGCAUGGAGCGCGAGCGGCUGGAGCGCGAGCGCAUGCACGUGGAGCACGAGCGGCGGCGCGAGCAGGAGCGCAUCCACCGCGAGCGCGAGGAGCUGCGGCGGCAGCAGGAGCUGCGCUACGAGCAGGAGCGGCGGCCCGCCGUGCGGAGGCCCUACGACGUGGACGGCCGGCGAGAUGAUGCCUACUGGCCGGAAGCAAAGCGGGCCGCUCUGGACGAGCGCUACCAUUCUGACUUCAACCGCCAGGAUCGUUUCCAUGACUUUGACCACAGGGAUCGGGGCCGCUACCCUGACCACUCCGUCGACAGGAGAGAAGGUUCAAGAUCCAUGAUGGGGGAAAGAGAAGGACAGCAUUACCCCGAGCGCCACGGAGGACCAGAGCGCCAUGGGCGGGACUCCCGUGACGGGUGGGGCUACGGCUCCGACAAGAGGAUGAGCGAGGGCCGGGGGCUGCCUCCUCCGCCCAGACGUGACUGGGGGGACCACGGCCGAAGAAUAGAAGAUGACCGAGCGUGGCAGGGCGCUGCUGACGGAGGCCUGGUAGACAGGGACCACAAGAGGUGGCAAGGUGGUGAAAGGAGUAUGUCCGGGCACUCUGGGCCAGGUCACAUGAUGAACCGGGGAGGGAUGUCAGGGCGUGGCAGCUUCGCCCCAGGCGGGGCCUCGCGGGGCCACGUGAUCCCACGCGGCGGAAUGCAGGGCGGCUUCGGAGGCCAGAACCGGGGGAGCCGCCCCAACGACACCCGCUUCACGCGCCGCUACUGAGUGCGGGGGCUCCUGUGUCUGUCCCGUGGCAACAAGAGUAUGUUCUGUUAGGAGUUCUCUUAAACCGUGUACAAUAAUUUUUUUUAUCUGCUGCCAUAUUGUAGCUCAAUACAAUGUGAAUGUUUUUUGUGUUGGUUUUUUUU